AUGGCCACCGAAGUCUCGUUCGCCAAGAGCUUCCUCGCCGCGCUCGACAGCAAGCCGCAGAAGAUCGGGCCGGACCACGUCGAGGAUGCGCGCAACUACCCGGCGAGCACGCCCUACACGCUCCCGCGCAUGCCGCGGGCGAUGAGCAAGCGCGCACGGCCGGAGACCGCCUCCGCAUCCGUCUCUACACCAGAACCCCUAACGCAACAGCCAGCGACAGCAACAGUGCGGGUGCGCUCGCUGCGCAACCCGCCCGUGGACGUGACACUCCCCAAACAAGCACUCACGACAUCGCUGGUGGACAUCAAGGCGGCGGUCGGUCAGGCGGCAGGGAUCCCCGUGACAAAACUGCGGCUGCUGCAUAGCAAGAAGCCGGUGGCGGACAGCAAGGCGCUGUCUGACGUCGUUGCUACCUCUGCUUCACAGGCAGGAGAUGCACAGGCAGGGGGCGAUGAUGUUGUCAUCGAGUUUUCGCUCAUGGUCAUGGGGGGUGCUGCGGCCGUGAAGCAGUCACCGUCACCGUCACCGUCACCCUCCCCAUCACCAGCACCGGCACCCUCUGCCUCUGCAUCAGAAUCAGGGACUGGAGGAGGAAAAGGAGGAUACCCAGCUAGUGUCGUUGCGCAGGGUGGCUUGAGCGGCGCGGCGGUGCUGGAGACGGACGAGUUCUGGGCCGACCUGCGCGGGUUCCUGCAGCAGCGGAUACGCGACGAGAAGACGGCCGGGGAGUUGAGCUCGCAGUUCCGCAGCGCGUGGUCGGCGGGGCGGCAGGCUUGA